UUAUAGGUUAGGAAAAGUCGUUGUCUUCAAUUGAAACCGAGCACCAAUUCAGUUCAUCGACCUUGAAUAAUAGUUGUGUUACUGCUCAGCCAUGUUUUCUCUCGAAUAGAAAGUGGGCCAAGUGCUGAUGUUAUACCGAUAGAAGUAAACGUUGUGUGGAUUUAAAUAUUAGUAAUAUUGUAGUAUUGUGUUAUCCCGUCAUCAUUUUUAAAUUAAAAAACCAGCCUAAUGGAAAUGGACGCAUCUGAUCGAGGUCUCAGUUUGGACAGCAACAUCUCCUUGACUUCAGUAGGACCUCAGUCACCUCUAGAUAUGAAGCCAGACACCAGCAUACUGGGUGGAGGGGGGUUCAGUCCAGGAGGACCUCAUAGUCCUGGAGGUUUCCAGAUGGGUCCGAGUAGUAUUCUCAACAACUCCAGUGCUGCCAACUCACCUUACCCUCCCAACCAUCCACUGUCAGGCUCCAAACACUUGUGUUCUAUCUGUGGCGACAGAGCCAGUGGAAAACACUAUGGGGUUUACAGUUGUGAAGGCUGCAAGGGCUUCUUCAAGAGGACAGUUCGCAAGGACCUGACCUAUGCUUGUCGGGAGGAGAAGAGUUGUUUGAUAGACAAGAGACAAAGAAACAGAUGUCAAUACUGUCGCUACCAGAAGUGUCUCUCCAUGGGCAUGAAGAGGGAAGCUGUUCAGCUUGAUCGUCAGGAGGAGAGACAACGGACCAAGGAGAGAGACCAGAAUGAGGUGGAGUCGACCAGCAGCAUGCACACUGAUAUGCCUGUGGAGAGGAUACUGGAGGCGGAGAAACGAGUGGAGUGCAAGAACCAGGUCCAGCUGGAAGUUGACAACAUUUGCCACGCCACAGAUAAGCAGCUGUUUCAGCUAGUAGAGUGGGCCAAACACAUUCCUCACUUCACAUCCCUGCCUCUGGACGACCAAGUGCUGCUGCUCAGGACAGGAUGGAACGAACUGUUGAUAGCUGCGUUCUCACAUCGCUCAGUAGAGGUGAGGGACGGCAUCGUUCUGGCCACUGGUCUGACAGUUCACCGCAACUCUGCCCAGCAGGCUGGUGUAGGCAAUAUCUUUGACAGGGUACUCACUGAGCUAGUGGCCAAGAUGAGGGAGAUGAACAUGGACAAGACAGAGCUCGGGUGUCUUCGCUCUAUCAUCCUUUUCAAUCCCAGUGUGAGAGGACUCAAGUCCCAGUCUGAGGUAGAGGCACUGAGAGAGAAGGUGUACGCUACACUGGAGGAGUACACAAGACUACGACAUCCCGAGGAGCCUGGUAGAUUCGCCAAACUGCUGCUCAGGUUACCAGCUCUGCGCUCAAUCAGCCUUAAGUGCCUAGAGCACUUGUUCUUUUACCAGCUCAUUGGUGAUGCUCCCAUCGACACCUUUCUGAUGGAAAUGCUGGAAAGUCCAUCAGAUUCACGACUUGAUUAAACGUAAAUUUUAUUAUAAGUGUAGUAUAAGUGUUAUCGUAAGUAUUUUUCUUUCCAUGUGGAUCUAAAGAGAAAGUAAUAUUAGCAGAAUUAAGAGUUGUUAUCGUGUUUGAAGUUCUGUUGUGUGUAGUAUUCUUUCUACGAAUAUUCUUCAAACAAAUAGUUGGUGCUUCUGUUAUUUUAUAGAAUAGUUUUAUCAUUAAAUUAAUUCACUUGCACUCAUAAUGCAAUAGGUUCUGCAUAGUUAAAUGUUUUUCUGUUACUAUGUAGAACAAUUUUAUUGAUAAGAAUGUUCUUGUAGUUUUUAUAAUCCGAAGGUCUAAAAGUUUUUUCAGUAAUAGUAUAUUUUGUACCUAGGGCCGAAAAUGUGGUUUUGCCGGCUCGAUCAAGAGCUGCAAAACCAUUGCGGUCCAUGGUACAAACGCAAUUUUUCACCACACUAUACCCUAUUACCACUAUUCACCAUAAUAAUAAUGCACACUGAUAGUCAACACAACUACAACUUAAAAAAAGGUUAUGUGAAGAAAUAAUUUGAGAAAUCAGCAAAUAUAAUAAUAAAUAGUUGCUAGGCAGCGGAGACAAUAAAAAAAUUCUAUUGCAAUGCUAUGGAUACUGACUCUAUAUUUAAUACUAGCUGUGUACCCGUUCUACGCACGGGGAUCUUAAUAGUAAUCAGUUGAAACCUUCUUAUAUAAAGAACAGCAGUUGGUUUGCAUAUUUUCAGAUAUGCUGGCCAAACUAUUUAUUAUACAUAACUUCAUUUUAUGUCGUUUGUUGUUGUUCCGGAUCGGUAUAACAAUCAAUAAAAGGCUAAAUUACCUGUGUCCGCUGGUCGAUCCUAAUGUAUCCUAUUCAGGAGAUGCAUUUCGGCGAAAUUAAAUCACCAUCAUCAGUCCUAAAGGUCUUGAGCUUCCCCAUUAGGUGCGUCUUGGAGUUUUUGAAACACAUACACGAACUGUACACUUAUACACAUGACGAAUAAAACAUAAAUACACAGUAGGCCUACUUUUAUUUUUACUAUAGACAAGUAGACGCGCGUCGGUCGUGUGCCGAGUCUCGACUGAAAACGCUCAUUUAAAAAAUGUAAGUUUCCCAGCAAUAUACAGCAAUGAUUCAAGGUCUAUUUCCCGGUUAUCAAAACUCAAGAACAAUUUUAUACACAAAUAAUCUCUAUUUUCAUUUACUGUUACCCUACAUAUUAUUGCACUUGCGAUUAAUUAAAUCCGUUAUGUAAGGAAAAACGUUUUUAAUCUUAAUUGGUUUGGAUUUGCUUUCAAAACGUGAUCGGAAAUGGUUGCGGUAUUUGUAAACAACAUUCAAUGUAAACAUAUCAGUGACAGCUAGAAGAAAUAAUCUUGAUUUAAACAGCUGUUCGUUAUUUCAUAGAAGAAUAUGUGCUAAACAUUGGGAGAAAACUUUAUAAAAAAUCGCACAAAAUUGGGUUUUUAAACGUCCGUCAUUUUAUUUACAAAGUGGUGACGCCAUAUUUUAAUGGCUAAAGACAAUCUCGCCAAUCCAGUGAAUACAUUAAAAUGAUUUGGAACUUGAUAGGUACUCUCGUUUUUCAGGAGUAGGCCGCGUAAAAUGGCUCUUGGGUCGUAACAGACAUGAAGACAGACAGAAAUUUAGAUGAGACUUGUUUCGGUUUCUCUAAUGUAUAAAACGUAAAAAUAACCUAAAAGUUUAUGAUUCUGAGCAAUGUACAGACAAAACUCUAAUUUUAUUCAUAUAGAUGCAUUCAUGUUUGAAGAAAGUAAACGGGCAGCUGAUUUUGCGGCCCUAGGGAUGUUAAAACCUGUUCAGUCCGCAAAUGACGAUGAUAGCUGGCAUGGCCAGCAAAACGUAACUUUCAGCUACCAAUUAAUGUAUGUAAAACAGCUAAAAACAUCAUAGUGUGGUGAAAAACCGUUUUUGGAUGUAUUUUAUUAUCUUCAAAUAUUGUUGACUUAAGUCCAUUAUUAUCACUACUGAAAUUAUGUUAUUGAUUGAGAGUAUAUGUUGUUGAUUGUUAGGAAGCCACAGUUUGACUUUGAGGCCGAAAUAAUAAAUUUUAAAGAAAAUGUGCUUUGAUCAGAAUUAAGUCGUUAUUAAAGUUUGCAACCUUAACCCUAGUUUAAGUUUGAUUGCCAAGUGGUUCUUUGAAUGGCUGAACUGUAAAGAAAUGAUUCAUUUUUUUACAUUUUUAUCAAAAUAUUUGUGUCCUUAGUUUUGGCCUAAUGCUUUUUGAGAUAUCGGUGUUGUGCUUGAGUAAAAAGUUUAUCUGCAAAAAUCAUUUUUAUGUUUUACUAGCAAAUUGUCCAUGAUCUCUUUGUUCUUCCUUUUCUGUUUUUAGUAUGUUUAUUUUGUAAUUACAUAAAGUUUUGUAGUAAAUAUGUGUACUGUUCUGUUAUUGUUUUAUUAAAUCAUCGUUUAUCCAAAGCUUGUCAACCAACUAGGUUGUGGAUUUUGAGUCGUACUUGAUUAUUUCAUCUUUAUUGUUUUAACUGACUAAUACGUUACUCCUUUCAUAGAUUUAUAGGUUGUUCAUUUUAAACCUUUUUUUAAUUCUGUGACAAAUAAUUUGUUUAAUGAAUUACUAAUUUUUUAUUUUCAACUGGUGAUUCCGUGAUACCUGUACUGUAUUCAGAGCAUUGUAUUUAUUUUGUUAGAUUUAGUGUAAAGUUUUAACAAGUCAUUAACAAUGGUUUAACUUGUAGCCACACGUACAAAAAUCCACAAGUUUUCCCUCUUGAAAUGACAAGCUGUUUUGGUUUGGAUUAAUUUUUUUUAUUUAUACUCAUUUUUAAAGGGGUUUUACCCAAAUAACCAAUAGUUCAAUCUUGUGUUAAACUCCUAUUCAAUUUUUGAGGCUUACUACUUCUCAAGUUAGCUUUUACCUUUGACUAUUAAUACAACUUCAUUAUCCAAUAGUUAAUGCUUGUACUUUACAGUCUGCUGAAAUUGUACCCAAUUGUGCGUAUUAGAACCCUUUCCCCACCACCAUCGCUUUGUUAGAAAAUGUUGUUGGAUCUAAUUUGAUAUAUGUAUUGAGUCAGAGUAGCGAAAGAGUAGUUGGGGAACUUUUCUGUAUCACACGACUAUCCUCCCUGUUAGCCAUCCUAAUUGAGUCGAUCUGUUAUUCAAAUUAACUUAUAAAAAUUUAGUGUAGUUGGCCUACACUUUAUUUUACGCCUCUAGUAACUGAGUAGGUUGUUUCCCAUUUCACCCCCAUUAGUUUAAUACGAUUUAAUUAAUUGCUAGCUAAUACACUGUUUGUAUAAGGUUACUGGUACUUAUUCUUUGACUUAUGCUCUUUGUUUAACUAGAAGUUUAACACAAACAAGAAAUUCUUUGUUUUCUUUGUAGCAGCAAACCUAAGUACUCAUUGAGCCAAUACUAUUAAGGGAUAACUGUGUGGAUAUAAGUUUAAAAUCCCUUUCACUGUGUACUUGUUUUGACAAGUCCUUAGAAAAUGGCUGUAAAUUUGCUUAGUCUGCAGGUUAGUUGCAGCAAACAAAUCUCUUGUACAAGCAUUGUAAGUUACCGCUUUUGUUAUGUACAAAGUCAUACGGAUAUACACAUUUAUUACAGCUGUUAAAUUGAAGUAAUAUCUUUGACUAUUGAUGAAACUAGACAUUCCAUCAUCUGUGUUAAAGUUGUCGCUAGUUAAAAAAAUCUAAAUGGUCGUAGUUGAUGUAUAGAGCCACUGACGAUUACGCUGAUGUAAAGUAAUUCAUUUCUGUCAAGCACGUAAAUUUUUAACUAAAUCAAACUGGUAGGAUGACUUAUUGUAAGCUAAAACAUUUGUUAUGUCACGCCAACCAACUCAGUAACAAAAAAUAAGGUAGACAAUAGAAUUUUAGACUCUAGCGCAAUCUGUGACUGGCUCAUUUAGCUAUGUUUUUUUUUAUAUAAAAAAUAUUUGACAUCUGGUUCAUAUAGAUGGAAUGUCUACUUCACAAAAGUCAAUGGUAUUAUGCCCGUUUUAGAUAAAUUUGUUAAGUCUCAUUAUUUUAUUCUAUUUCACAAGUUGUUAUUCUGAAACUGUUACAUUAUGCUUGAAAUGUAAAUUAAUGCUUUUAUAGUUUUUAUCUGAUGUUGAUUGGAGAAUGUAUUAUUAUCAUGUAUUACAUUGUAUUUUACAACUGAGGUUUGUCCUAUUAUGUUUAAGGUUGAAUGUUUUGUAUACUAAUCCCUCUACGGUUGUUAUUAAAUUUGUAUAUAGAACCUUUAUUAUAAUGAAUAUUGUUAUAUAAUAUGUAUAUUUCAGUUAAACAGUAGAUUUAAGGUAUGAUUUGUAAAUAUUUUAGUUAGUGCGCUCUCUUAUUACAUUCCAUUUGGACUGAUUACAACGAUUUAUUAACAAGGAAUCUGUUAUUUCGAUAAAUUAUUGUAGUUUUAUGCAAUAAUAAAUAUUUGCCCAUAA